AUGGAAGAAGCUUAAACACGACUUUAGAAGAUUGGACUUGAUGAAACAACAAUCAAGAACACCAUCAAAGGAAAAAAUGCAUUGAAAUCAAUUCUUUAGACUCUUGAUUUGGUUGGGGUUUAGGAAUGUGAUAAGAAAAUUGGAAAUUUAUUAUAUGAGAUGUCCUAAAAUCUAACAGAGGCCCUUGACAAUAGAAGAGCUCUUUUGGCUAAAUAUAUAGUUGAAGGAAAGAUUACCAACAAAUUGCAGUUGGAAGGCGGUAUAGAAUACUUAAGAACACACACUCAUUUGGAAUAAAUUCCUGCCCAAGACUUUGAGAAGGCAGCUGGUGUAGGAAUAGUCGUGACUCCAGAAUAAAUAAAAAACACAGUGGCUGAAUUUCUUCAGUCUAAAAAGGACUUGAAGACUAUCCGAUAUACUUAUAAUUUUUCUGAAUACACAAAGUAAGUAAGAUCACUCCUACCCUUUGCCGAAGGAAAGUUAUUGACCUAAGAACUCAAUCAACAAAUAGAAGCUAUACUUGGACCUAAGACCGAGGAAGAUUUGAAGGCAGCCAAAACACAAGUGAAGAAGCCAUAAUAAUAAUAAUAACAAUAACAAUAAUAAUAAGAAGUUUAAUAGUAAGUGGAGGAGGAAGAUGAUUGCAAAUUCGAUAUCUCAAAGUUAGUCGCAAGAGAUCUUGCCACCACUGUUAAUAGUGAAUAACUAUUGAAUUGGAGAAAGUAGAAUUUCCCUUACGAAGUCUUAACACGAUUCCCCCCCGAACCAAAUGGUUACUUGCACAUUGGUCAUGCCAAAUCAAUCAAUUUCAACUUUAGAUUGGCUUAACACUACAAAGGAGUCACUUAUCUGAGAUUUGAUGAUACCAAUCCAGAAAAGGAAUGCCAAGAAUUUAUAGAUAAUAUCAAAGAGAACUUAAGAUUCCUUGGAUACACUCCUUUCAAGACUACUCAUGCAUCAGACAACUUCGGUAAACUCUAUGAUUACGCUGUCUAAUUGAUUCAAAAAGGAAAGGCCUAUUGUUGUUUCUUAACCAAAGAAGAAUCUUCCAAAUUAAGAACUGAUCUUAAGCCUUCCCCUUACAGAGAAACCCAACCAGCUGAAAAUUUGGAAAUCUUCAGAAAAAUGAAAUUGGGUUACUACAAAGAGAACGAGGUUUGUUUGAGAGCCAAGAUUGAUCCAACUCAUCCUAAUCCCACUCUUAGAGACCCAGCCAUAUUCAGAAUCAGAUUCACUCCUCAUCCCCAUCAAGGAGAUAAAUGGUGCAUCUAUCCUCUCUAUGACUUCACUCAUUGCAUCUGCGAUUCCAUUGAGGGUAUCACCCAUUCUUGCUGCACACUUGAAUUCGAAGUUAGAAGAGACCUCUAUUAUUGGUUCUUGAAAGAAUUAGAUCUUUACAGACCCUUCGUCUGGGAAUUCUCCAGAUUGAAUGUCUCCAACACUGUAUUAAGUAAGAGAAAACUUCAUCAUUUGGUCUUUAACAACAUUGUCGAUGGUUGGGAUGAUCCUAGAAUCUUGACCCUCAACGGUCUUAGAAGAAGAGGAUAUACAGCUGAUUCCAUCAACAAAUUCUGCGAUCUCAUCAGUGUUACUAGAAAAGGUAAUGAAAAUUUCAUCGGCAUGCAUGUCCUUGAAAGUUGCAUCAGAAAAGACUUAGACAUCAAGGCUCCAAGAACCAUGGCUAUCUUAGAACCAAUCGUAGCCAUUAUUGACAACGUCGCAGAGGACUUCUCAGAAGAGUUAGAGGUUGCCAUCAUCCCAAGAAAUCCAUAAAAGGGUAACAGAAAGAUCCUUUUGACUAAAUAAAUCUAUUUGGACAAGAACGAUGUCAGAACUGAAGACCAUCCUGACUUCUGGGGUGUUGCUCCUGGUAAGAUCAUUGGACUCAAAUAAUGUGGACCUUUCAAAGUUCUCAGCGUCACUGCCAAUGAAGUCCACCUAGAACGACUAGGAAAGGACGUCAAACCUAAAGGAUUUUUACAUUGGUUGUCUGUUAAAGAGGCCACUCCUUGUGUUGCUAGAUUGUAUGAUUACUUGUUCGAAGCCUACGACCCCAAUGAAUUAGAUGAUUACAUUAAAGGAAUCAAUCCAAAUUCAAAGAUAGUUUGCCCUAAUGCCUUUAUGCACAAGGAUCUCUUGAAUUCCAAACCAGAAGACAAGGUCUAAUUUGAAAGAUUGGGCUAUUUCAACUUGGACUUCGACUCAAAGGACGGAAAAUUCAUCUGGAAUAGAACUGUUACUCUUUAGGAGAAGGACAAGAUCAAGGCCAUUGCUUAAGUUGAUGGCAAGUAAGUUUAGAAAAAGGAUGUUCCUUAAUAAAAAAAGGAUGCCUCCAAAAAAGAAGCCAAGAAGGAAUGAUAAAAUAUACACAUACAAAUAAAAAUUUGUUUAAUUAAUUUAAA